GCUAACGAGUAACAAAGAGAAGCCAAGAUGGCGGACAGAAGAAGAAAGUUCACCGCCGUGUUAUUCUGAACCUUUUCUUUUGUUUUACACGACUGACAGACACUACCAGUUAAGAUGGCGGACCGUCUGAACUCCAUCCACAUGAGCUACCCGCCGCCCGCCACGGCCCAGCGUCCCGUACAGCGCUCCAUGAUCAACGGGACAGCCAACGGUGUCGGAUUCCCUGUCAGAGCUAUGGACCCGUCCCAGUUGAAAGCCAGACUAGUGUCCAUGGCACCACAACAGGCUCCCAUCAACACACAAGCUCUGCGUAUGAGAGGACCGACCAAAGCUCAGAUGAACACGCGGGCACAGCCCAUCGCACCCAAGCUGGAACCUUUGGUAUAUCCUGAUUUAUAUUUGCAUGUCAUGAAGAGAGAAAGCCCGAUGUUACAGUCCCACCAGGAGAGAAACCAGCCUGCAUACAUCCACCAGGUAGCGCGACAAGCCUUACUCGCGCAGGGGAAGAUCGUCCCCUCUCCCGUAGCCAAUGGCAAGGCUCGUCCCACAUCGUCUGGCAAGAGACGCAAACUUCACACGGUGGAUCCGUUAGAACCCCCGCCUACGACAACCUCUCCACUGCCCGACCUUCCUGAACACUUACAGCACAAACAGAUAGCUUAG